CGGCCUAGCUCGAGCUCGACUCGUUUAUAAAUCGGCCAAAACGGCUCGUUUACAACCAAGCUUUUUGGAAUGACUCACGAGCUUUUUGAAUACCAUGUUUAUUUUUAUAUUUUAUUAAUUUACACACCUUGCCUCAAAUUUCGAUUUGGUCCUUCAGCAAUUAGUAUUGUGUCAAAGUUACCGACUUGACAUUUCAAGCACUUGAACAUUCUUAUUCUCACUCUACGCUAACGCUGCCCUACCACCGGUGAUCGGAAUUUUGUUCUGCCUUCCACUGGUUUAAGCAGUCAGGACAACAACCACCACCGGCAGUCACAUACGCUGCUCCGGCGACCUUCCUAGUACAUAAAUGAGCAAGAGACCACCCCCUGGUCCAGUGGCUGUACUGAGAGGCCAUCGUGCUUCUGUCAUGGACGUUUGCUUCCAUCCUACUCAGAAUUUGGUAUUCUCAGGAUCUUCAGAUGGUGAGUUAAGAAUCUGGGAUAGUGUGCAACAUCGAACUAUUUCAUCGGCAUGGGUACAUAGUGCUGCACAUGGGAUUAUAAGUGUUUCGAUUGGAGACAACAAAGUUAUCAGCCAGGGCAAAGAUGGAACUGUUAGGUGUUGGGAUAUUGAAAAGGGGGAGUUGUCGAGGAUACCUUCAGCCUCAAUUGAUGCAAAUUUCUACCACUUCUGCAAGCUUUCGCUAGUGAAGAGGCCUGCUGCUGAAACAAAAAAAGCUGAAAAACUGACACCUCAUCACGUGGAAGAAGUAAUAGAAGCUUUUAGUCAAGAACGUUCUCAUGGCAUCCAGGAGGAGGCAGAAAAUUCCGGCAUAUUUAGAAAUGAUGACUGUCAGGAAGGACGUCCAUAUGUUGCAACGGCUGGCGGAGAGCGUUCAGAGGUUGAAAUAUGGGAUCUCAAUGCUGCAGAAAGAAUUGCAACUUUACCACAUUCUUCCGGUUCCUCUAUAAAUGAAUUCACCAAAGGAAAAGGUAUGUGCAUGGCAGUUCAAGCGUUUUUUCCUUCCGGAUCACAGGGAUUUCUACAUGUCUUAGCAGGCUAUGAGGAUGGAACAAUGGGUUGGUGGGAUUUAAGGAAUCCCGGGGUCCCGUUGACUUCUGUAAGGUUUCAUUCAGAGCCAGUUUUAAGCCUGUCUAUGGAUGAGAUGUUCAGUGGGGGCGUUUCAGGAGGCGCAGAUGACAAAAUCUUCAUGUUUACUUUGGAUCAUUCGUUGGGUUCUUGUGUGGUAAAGAAAGAAAUUAGUUUGGAGCGACCUGGCAUAGCUGGCACUUCAAUCCGUGCGGAUGGCAAAAUUUUCGGCACUGCUGGUUGGGAUCACAGGAUCAGGAUUUACAAUUACAGAAAUGGAAAUCCUUUGGCAAUUUUGAAGUAUCAUCGUGCCACGUGCAAUGCGAUUUCAUUCGCGGCAGAUUGCAAACAAAUGGCUUCAGCAUCUGAAGACACCACUGUGGCACUUUGGGAGCUUUAUCCUCCCCGGCCUUCUGCUUAAAUUAAUUUAUUUCAUUAUUAAUUAUCUCGAUCAAAAUAGUUUUGUUACUAUAAACUCAUGUGGGCUGAAUCGGUUAUAUAAAGGAAGACGGGUUUCAAGUGCGUGAUAA